AUGCGCGCCACUAGGCGGCAGCGCAGUGCGUCACGGAGUCUCUCGCGCUCGCGCCGCUGUCUCUCCACGGACUCCUCCUCGAGCGACGGCCGGCCGCCCUCGCUCGUGCGACCGGACACCGGUCAGCAGGCGAUGAAAGCGGCGGCGGCGGCGACGGCGGCGCGGGGCAGCAACAAGCGCCGGUCGACCGCCUGUUACUUCCGUCAGCUGACCGACGCUGUCGUCGUGAGGGUGCUCUCUCACCUGACGAGCGACGAGCUGUGUGUCGCCGGCCGUACCUGUCACAGGUGGCAGCGGCUCAUGUGGCAUCCGCACCUGUGGAGCAGCAUCGUCAUCAGAGACAGACGCAUCGACCUGGAUAGGGCGCUAGAGGUACUGACCAACAGACUCAUGCAGGCCACGCCGAACGUGUGUCACCCGUCGACAGAAAUCACAUUCUCCUGCUGCGACCGACUCACCGACUCGGGGCUCGCCCUGGUGGCGGCUAGAUGUCCAGAGCUGAGACAGCUUACGAUCAUAGGGUGUAAAACUAUCAGUAACGCUGCCAUGUACCAGCUAGUCACGCGCUGUGACGUGCUAGAGAGGCUCAACGUAACAGGCUGCUCUGCAGUGUCGCACCUCUCGCCACCAGAUGGCGACACGGCAUCGCUACAGCCAGGUAAGCAGAUAUACCUCACCAACCUGGAUAUGACCGAUUGCUACCUGCUUGAUGAUGCCGGACUGAAGACGAUAGCUCUGCACUGUCAGCAGCUGACGAGACUCUACCUUCGCAGGUGUACGAGGCUGACGGACGUCGGCGUGCAGCACGUGGCAAUGAACUGCUGCAUGCUGAGAGAGAUCAGCCUGUGUGACUGCCACAGACUCACCGACUUCACACUCAGGGAACUCUCCAAGCUUGGAUCCAAUCUCAGGUACCUCAGCAUGGCCAAGUGUGAGAAGGUGAGCGAUGUGGGCGUCGAGUACAUCGCCCGCCACUGCGCAAAGCUGCGCUACCUAAACGUGCGAGGCUGCGAAGCCGUCAGCGACCACGGCCUACUCACCCUCGCCGACAACUGCCCACGUCUACGCUCGCUGGACAUCGGCAAGUGUGACGUCACCGACGCGGGGGUGGAGGCUCUGGCGCAGCGCUGCCCCGCACUGCGCAAGCUCAGCAUCCGGGCAUGCGGCCUGGUGACGGACAAGGGAGUGAUACUGUUGGCGUAUUACUGUCGCGCGUUGCUGCAGCUGAAUAUACAGGAGUGCAAUCUGAGCGCGGAUGCGUACAAGACUGUCAAGCGCUUCUGCAAGCAGUGUUUUAUAGAACACACGAAUCCUGCAUUCUACUGAACUUGUCAUGCUGAUAGCACACUGAUAGCAUGAUGUUCUGUGCUUCACUGAAGUCAGAUGUAUGAUAGAGCACACGAUCCCUGUGUGCUACUGAAGCCAGAAGUAUGAUAGAGCACACAAUCCCUGUGUGCUACUGAAGUCAGUAGUAUGAUAGAGCACACGAUCCCUGUGUGCUAUUGAAGCCAGAAGUAUGAUAGAGCACACAAUCCCUGUGUUCUAUUGAAGCCAGAAGUAUGAUAGAGCACACAAUCC